AUGAAGUUCUCUGUUGCUCUCGCCCUCACUGCGGCGGCUGCCGCCAGCGCCGACAGCCUGUCCCGCUUCCAGUCCCGUCCGGUAGGCAACGACAUCUCCAGGCGUGCAGCCGGCGACUCCAACUGGGGCGGCGCCGUGCAGACGGGCAGCGGCUGGACGCACGUCACCGGCACCGUGAGAGUCCCCAACGUGAGCGGACAGUCUGCCGAGGCCGGGGCCGCAGGCUGGGUCGGCAUCGACGGCAGCAAGUGUCGCACCGGCCUGCUGCAGACGGGCUUUGCAGUCUUUGGCGACGGCAAGAUCGAGGCCUGGUACGAGUGGUUCCCCGAGCCCAGCUACAAUUACGACGACUUCAAGGUCAGCGCCGGCGACGAGCUCCGGCUCAGCGUCUACUCGCACGGCCUACACGGCGGCAACUCGACGAUUGAGAACCUGACGACGGGCAAGGCGGCCUCGCACACCUUUACCGACAUCUCGGAACCACUGUGCCUGACAGACGCGGAGUGGAUUGUCGAGGACUUUAGCAAAGGCGACCAGCCGGUCGCGUUUGCAGACUUUGGCGCGAUGCAGUUUACGGAUGCGUAUGCCGAAGGAGACGCUGGCAAGGUGACACCCAACGGCGCGCAGAUUAUGGAGGUCACGGUCAAUGGUGCGCCGCGCACCGAUUGCAGUGCCAAUGCUGAAGGCGUUGGCUGCAAGUACAUUUAA